AUGAGCGAUGCUCUGUGUGGCCCGUCCAAUGCUCUUCAAAACUUCCAGAAGCAUGCCUCUGUUGAUCGGACACUGCAACAGGACAGAUUAGUUUCGCGACAAUCGCAUUCUCAGGGCUUUCGGUCACAAAAUCCCAACGAAGGUAUCCUAGAUCCCGAAUUCGCUACGUUCGAAUCCAGUAUACCAGGAGCACCGCUUCCCGAUUUACAACAUCCGGGCCACUUCGCUACGCCCCAUUUCGCGGUACACAAUCAAGUAGAGAAGCACAAUUGGGCAGCAGACUUUCAGAGGCUACAGAUCUCUGGCUCUUCGCCUCUAGCUCAUCAACAAGUCGGCGCGAACCCAGCCUCAGCGUCGAACCUUGCACAGCAUGGUUGGCGGAAUGAUUUUCUAGCCCAACAGCAGCAACCUAGUCCUGCUCAGCAACACAAACCUUUCGCCCAGGGGUUCCAACCGUUUUUUACGCCUAGUUAUCCUAUACACGAGAGUACAGUAAAUGCUCAUCCGCCAGCACAAGCUCUGACAGCUAGCCAGCUACCAUCCACUGAAGCCUUCGAUGAGUCUGCCUUUGAAGCUGCAUUUGAACAAGCCAAGGCGGAUUUAGCGUCACAAACGGCUGAUCACGCACAAGAACUUACCAAUGAGACCACUAAUCCGGAUGCAACUGCUGCUCCUCAAGUUGAAACCAUCCGGAUUGGUUCAGACACCAUACCCCAGACCGAAAAGGGUGACGCUCGAGCACAUUACAAUGACUCAGACGAGCUUGCCCGAACAGCGGGACAGUUACUGGAAAAUGUCAGCCACGAUCAGAGCCAGAAAUUUCGGGAAAGUAACUUCCUUGCCUUAAUGCGCCGUAUCCGAGACCGCGAGGUUCAUAUCGAAGGAGAUGAGUUCCGUGAAGUCAGUACCAGUCCGUGA